CAGAUACUCAUUCUCAGACAUCAGCGCUGAGAGAAAGACAGAAGGAAAGCGAGUGAGACAGACAGAGGCAAAGAAUAAAGAAGAAGAAAAGAUAAAGGACAGAGAGCGAUAAUGGGAUUGCUACGUGUUGCAGAUUUGGUGACAGGGCGGAGCAGUGAGGAGAAGGAGGCGGGGCAUGUGUGUGUAGAGGCUGGCGAGUAUGAAUCCACUGUGACCCGUGAGAAACAGGAUGGGACACCAACAAACACACUGCAGAGUGACAGCACACAGGACACACAACACAACAUCAAACUCAAUGUGGACAUAUCAGGACAUCUGAAGUUAGAGACAGUUGAUGAUCUGUACAACAUCCUGCAGCUCAGACAGAGGAGGAAAGAGAGGAAGAGACAAAUACAUCAGAAACAACCUGAACCCGAGAUCCUGCCUGAAAUAGUGGACGAACCAAUGUUUUUAAUAGCUGCAGCAGAAAAUAAUCUGCCAGUGGUGGAGAAGUUUCUCUCUGAUGGUGGAGACCCAAACACUUCUGAUCAUUUUAAGCGCUCUGCUCUGCAUAAAGCAUGUUAUCGUGGUCACAUCGAUGUCAUGAAGAAACUUCUCGAGGCCGGAACGUCCAUAGAGAACACAGACAAGUUGGAUGCGACAGCAGUACACUGGGCCUGUAGAGGAGGCAGUCUUCCUGCACUGGAGCUGCUGCUUAACGAAGGAGGAAAACUGAACACCAGAGACAAAUUACUCAGCACGCCGCUGCACGUGGCAGUUCGGACGGGUCACUAUGAGUGUGCAGAACAUCUGAUCCACUGCGGAGCUGAUAUUAACGCUAGAGACAGAGAUGGAGACACACCAUUACAUGAUGCAGUGAGGAUCAACAGGUUCAAGAUGAUCAAACUACUGCUGAUGUACGGCGCUAACAUCAAGAACAUCAAUAAUGAUGGAAAGACGCCGAUGGAAAGUCUGCUCCUGUGGCAAAGUGGAGCUAAAAACAUCUUGAGUGACUUUAAAGACGAGACGCAUGCUGUUACUGAGUGAAGAGAGAAAAUAUCAUUAAAACAACAUUGAGAGGGAAAUAAUACCAGGCUUCAUUUCAUCUGAUUCACUUUAAAUCAGACAAACAGUGAUGGUAAUUGCUGGCAAUUUCAUUGACAUUAUUUAUAUAAAAAUUUCUAUGCGGAUGUGUUUUUAAUGGUGGUGAAAUAUUAACUUCCAAUAACGGUCCAUGUUGGAGAAACAGAAAGCUGAUGGAUUUGGAAAAGUUAAUGUGCUUUCUGGAUGUUUCUUGACUUGAUGAUGGUGUUCGGCUGCACAGUGACUAUUUUCAUUUCCGCAGGCCACAUCGCAACUAAAGCACCACAACUUUUAUAGAAAUAUUUUAGACUUCUGAUUGAAUA